UAACCACGUACGCCGCAAUAUCGAACUGUCAUAGACGAGCCUGGAAUUCGACUGGCAAGGAAGCCCAAGCAUGUCUCCACUUACCACGAUAUUGACCACAGUCAUUGUGGUAACGCUUGCAAAAAUGUCCUACGGAACUCCGAAAUACGUAAUGGAAGGCUUUACACCAGUCAAGUUUGCAGGCAAGUGGUGGGUAGACAGCUUCAGCCAAGCAAUUUACGGCGAUACAGAUCGCUGCGCACACUUCACCAUCCAGAAGAAUCACGACGACGUCUACAAGAUUACGGCAGAAUAUGUUUCGGAAGACAAUGAACUCGUAGAGCUGGCUAUCGACGUGACAGAGGACGACAGGCACCCUGCCCGCUUCUUCUUAAAGGUUGGAGAUGAUACAAUUAUGGAAAUUGCAAUAGUUGGAAGUGACUACGACAACUGGGCUGUCGUCUGGGCAAAAAGUGGAACUGUUGCAUCUUAUAAUGUCGUGACACGCAAGCCAAACAUGGAAAGUCAGUUUCAAGGUCCCAUUCAGGAAGUACUGGACAAAGUGGGGGUUAAGAAGAGUGAAUUUAAGACUGUUCCCAAUGAAGACUGCACAAAGAAAGACACUAUUUAAA